AGACAGAUGACCUGUAGAAAGCCAUGGCUCUCAGUCGACUCAGAUGAUAGGACAUCAAACUUUCUCUAAGAGCUAUCUUUCAAAGAUAGGCCCUGAGAAAUUGGUGAAAUAGCAAAAAAUGUAUAUUGUUCCACUACAUGAGCUUCAACGGGAUAUGGUCCUGAAAGCACAAAUCGGAGAGCCCAGUUUAUUUAUACCCGCCCUCUCAGACACGUUGCCGUAGGAGAGGCUGCACGGGGUGUGGGCCUGCGCUCACACUGCUACAUCACAGAAUUCACCGCAUCCUACAACUGAAGUGGGGCCAGGCAUGAGCCGAGUGUCCUGAAGUCACCGCUAAUCCGAGACACUAGGGGGAAGCUAUAUAGUCACUUCUGGUGCGUGAUGCUCUCCAGUGGGUGAGACCCUGUCGCUCCGCGACCUGUUGGAGGAUGUCGACGUCGGACUCGGAUUACUCCAUUGAUUACCUGGCCAGCGACAGUGAGGACAGCGACAGCGCUGUGGGACUGAGCCCCGACAGGCAUGCGGCUGACAGCACCAGGACUCAGCCCUCAUCCUCCUUACCGCCACCCUCUUCGUCGUCAUUGCCAUCCGUUGACUCUCUCGGCAGCAGCGACUGCUCCAACGACGAAGACCUUCGGCCGAACUUGGGAUCCGCCAGCGAGCACCGCAGCAGGCCGAUCGGAGACUCGGGAGACUCGGGACGGAGCCGCGACGGCAACUGCGAGGACACCGACAAUGGGGACCCUCAGCUAAGCGGGGACAGGGGUUCCAGUGAUGGUAACUCCAUGUGUGGCGGCAGCCCUCCAGAACCCGCUGGGCAGAACCAUAGUGUCAGUGGAACCAGUGGACCCAAGGGAUGUAGGCACGACGGGAUCAGCCAGCGGCAGAGACAGAAACAGGCCAGGGCAUUCUGGGACACAACCGUGUCCUCACAUGCCUGGGACGACAGGGGACUGAGUCCUGGGGGGAAGCCAAGCGAGGACAGGAAGAGGGUCCACUGUAGCUGGGACGAGGCAAAACCUGAGGAGGCAGAGAAGGAUCACGCGUUCGCCCAGAAGUGCACGGAUCUGCAGUGCUACCUACGGCCUCUGUCCUCCAUCCUGAGGGGCCUUCGCUCCGGCAGGUACUCAGAACGUCUUAGCGGUUUCCAGGAGAGUGUUGCUAUGGACCGGAUACAGAGGAUAAUGUGGAUGCUUCAGAAUCCAAAUAUGGGUGAGCGGUACACCACUGUUAUUCUGAAGAUGGAAGAGAUGCUCCAUAGCUGGUUUCCUCACAUCCGACCGUACCUAGACCUUCAUCCUGAACAGCACACUGACCACAGUCCACUAGCUAAGAAACCCAAGCUGUGCCAUGUCUCGGUCGUCCCCCCAGCCCCGGCAUCUCCUCCUGGCGGCUCCCCACCAGAGGGUGGCCAUCACCCUGCCUUGCGCCCCUGUGACGCUCCCCUACCUGGCUCCAACCCCUAUUACUCCUCCACGCACCUUAAAUUGGUCCACUCCACCCCGGUCUGCUCCUCCAAGAACGAGACAGCCCAGCAAGAGGCACUUGGCCCGGGCAAACCAGCCGUCAUAUGCCCCCUGAGAUCCAGCCCCAGCCUCUCAGCCGACCGCAGGGAACAGACCCAGGACGACGCGGUGUCCUCCAGCACUGACCCCCGGGGGAGUCCCGGGGACCGGCACUCCCCGACGCUGCCCCAUCGAGCCAGACCCCGAGACCACCGCCAAGGUCCUCCGUCGGGGAAGAUUAGCUCGCCAUGCCUGGAGAGGCUGCUCCAGUCCAAGAAGAGCAUCAUCUCGCUGAGGAACACAGGCGGGGACAAGCCUGGCGGCGGUAGCAGCUGGCUGUGAUUUAACUGCAGCCGAAGGCUUCAGCCGGACGUGGUUCCUGCCGGGAGGAUGGAGGUUUGGCCCUGGGGGACAGUGCCGGGGGAAAUUGUUGACCAGCGCUGACAGAACUGUGCGUUUCCCUCAUGACCAAGGGGACAGACGCGCAUCUUUCAAAAUGUAGACGCUCUGUGAGGGGGUGCAGCUGGAGGCUGGCGUGUGGUAGGGACACGGCAACGGCCGUCCCUUUAAGAGCGUCACAUUGAGUCGUCCUUUACCGGACCCCUGGUACUGUUUGUUUGCAGUGACGGACAGAGAGACAGAAUAAAGCGAGAGGAGACAUAUUCAACUCCUGGGACUCACCUUGGUUUGCGUUGGUGGGAAAUCAGAAAUUAAAGCAAGUGUCCAUCUGAACAUGUAGUAGUCUCCUGCCCUGCAUGCAUCCCCUGGGUGAGAGUUCAAACAGGGAACUUUACACGGACUCCUCUGGACUUAAGUUAGGAAUGUUUGGACUUGAUAGGGUGUAAGAGGAAAGCCUGGGUACCACUAAAUGUGUUUGUGCCAUUAUUUCUCUACUGGUAGCUCAAAGAGAUAUGGAACCAAGCUAGCGUGAUCUCUGAUAGAUUUUGUGGUCAGAUGUUUUUUUUUUCCUUAAAUUGCUUACCCUUGACAAAGGCUUGACAUCAGGAACCAAGAAGGGAAUUGAAAGCAGUGAUAUUUAGAAAACUGGGAUUUGAUAUUCCAACAUGAUUGGGUCCACAUCUUAAAUGGCAACAUGUAUUCUCCAUAGUGCACUACUUUUGAUCCAGGCCCAUACGGCUCUAAUGAAAAGUAGUGCCUUAUUUAGGGAACAGGGCACGAUUUGGGAUGCAUCCAGCGUGUCCAUUCCCUCAGUUAUGUCCAUCCUGACAGAGGGUAGAAUCACGUUGUUCUGACGGUACCUCGCCACUCUUUCACUGUUACUAUGUCAGUCCGCUUCUUAGCGCCGUCUGAUGCAACGCGUCUACCUCGCGUUGAGAACGCCCUGUCGAGGUUCUGCCUCAGAUGAAAGGCCGCUACCCCCACAUAACACAAUGAGCCGUUCCGCUCGUCAGAUGCCAUUGCUCUUUCAGUCUGAAAGGCCACAGUGGGAACCACUGUCCGCGAUUAAACACACCUGGUUUUUGGGAGGCACGGGCGAAUAUUGGCAGACAUUUCCAGUAUUAUGGUGCAGGCAGGAAGAGAGAGCGAGAGAGACAGUCUACCGUAUGUAUCUGCUGUACAUUAGUCUGUGGCAAGACGGUAGUGGCGCCAACUUCUGCCAAUUCAGUUAACUACUGAAGAUAGAUUCCAGGACCCCAAGCACACGGAAUUAGUAUCAUGUUUUGAAUUGAAAUCUUAACAUCAUUACGAAUUGCCACAGUAUCGGUGUUCGCUCAGGAGCACUGGUAUUACAACUAUGGUCUGAAAUUUCACAAACAUUCCCGAGUGCAUUGUUACUGUCAACACAUCCUGCUUACGCAACAGAACCUGUGCCCCCAAACGGCCCUUAUGGUUCCGGUCAAGAAUAGUGCGUGAUGUAGGAAAGUGCCAUUUGGAACACAGCGGGUAUCUGAAUUUACAGCAGAUACUUUAAAGGAGGUAAACAACAUGUGAAUCUGUAACAGAUAAUGUGUAAACUACAUCUGAAUCCAUAACUGAUAAUGUGUAAACUACAUCUGAAUCCAUAAAAGAUAAUGUGUAAACUACAUCUGAAUCCACAUUGUACCAGAUCAUUUGUAAACAAUGACUCCACAUCAGAUUCUAGCUAAUGUGAUGUAAAAAAAACAUUUGAUUCUUCUAGUUAAUGUUUGAACAACAUAGUGUUGGACAAUGUCUUUGGACUCAUGAUGGGAAGGAAUUUCCUUUGUGUAAAUAUUUUUUGGACAAUGUUCAAGGUUUAUUUACUUUACCUCUCUAAAAAGGUGGCCUUUUGUGACAUUUUAUACUUAAUAAAAUAUGUGAUAUUUGUUA